AGGGAGGGAGAGAAGAGUUGAGAUGUCUGUGAGCUGAGGCGGACGGUAAAAACCCGACGGGGAGCUGUCCAUUUUACAGCAUCACGUCUGUGUUUCCACCUGACGUGAAACAGACCGUCCCCUUCUCCUCCUCACCCUGCACACGACGCACACACACACACACACACACACACACACACACACACACUGGAGCUGGAGGAAGCGGAUCAAUGUGGACCGCAGUGUCUCAUUUGCAGCAUCUCAUCAUCUCCAGCACCGGGGAGACCAUCGCUGCUGCCCCCCCCACAGAUAACACCACAUCUCCUGGUAUGAAGAAUAGGGAGCUGUUGGAGGGGUCCCAUGGGCAUGUUUGUCCUCUGGCCGUUCAGCCUGUGUGUCUCUGCUCUGCACACAGACGCGCUGGGAGGGAGAAGAAAGACCGUCUAAAAAUAAACUGACACCCACCACCUGCAGAAAAACAGAGAAAACAAACAAACCAACAAAUAAAAGGACACAAAAAUAAGUUGUUUUUGUCUCUUUCACCCUGUCUGACUCCCUCCCUGCUCCAUUUCUGUUUCUCUGUCCUCAUUACGGCCUGAGAGGAGGUCAUGUCCCAGUCUGGAAAAGUCCUUCAUUUGUAUGUGGAAGUGAGGUCUGCCCCAGAUCAGAAGGGAGGAAACGAGGAAGGGAUUGCUCAGGGGCAUUCGGUUCAGGACAGUCCUGCGGAGCUCCUAUCUCAGCUAGCGAGCCAGACGGCCUGCCAGACCGUCACUAAGACCUCCACAGCUCACCGUCUGGUUCAGGACUGCACACACAGCCAGUCUCCUUCUAGAAACACUGUUAGCUUUCAGCUCCAGCAAGCCAGAAGCUCCCCUGCAGUCACCAAGCGUUGGAGUGCACCCUGUGAUGAAGUGUCCGUCUUCCACUCUCCACCAAUGACCUCCUCCGGAAAGGUCGCUCUCCCUCACACACCUCCCAACUUCCGGAGGUUUAACGAGGAAGAGGUCAGCGAUGGAAAGCGGUCUGUAGUCACCUUCAGUUACAUUGAGAAGUCCAAUGUGAAGACCUUGGACAGUCCACGCAACUCUGUGUGCGAGAGAGGUACCAGAGAGGAAAGAUCCACCCCGUCUUACUUUCGUAAAAGGCUCAGCGACCCAGUUUGGUUUGGAAGUCCCGAUUCAUCGUGCAGCUCCAGUCCCAAGCUGACUUUCCGAUCUCCAGGAAGUCACCAGCAGACGUACUCUCCCGGCCUUCGCCAACCAGCCUUGGACCCCAUCGGCAGGGCAGCUACCCAGAGAGCUGUGGAGGAGUUCGGCUCCCCUCUACUGAGGAUUAAACUAGCCCAUGCACUUGAGCACACCUCCUCCUCACGCUACAACCAACAGCCGCGCUGUCAGUCCUGGGCUGGGUCUCCCGUUCAGCGUCAGACCAUCAGCGCAAACCACAAAGACCACAUCACCGAUAGGAUCCAGGCUGUUUGUGGGCUGCCUCGGAGCCCUGCGUCAGACCAGCUAUCCUCCCAGUCCAGACAGCCUCCUCACUCGAAGCCUGAGUCCUGUGUCAAGACCCAGAGUCCUCUUCACUGGUCAGGGCAGGACCGAGGUGUGACAGGCAGUCCAGUCACUAAAAAACAUGUUCACAGGACUUGUAACAGGAGCACUUCACCGCAGGGAGCAAUCGUCCAACUUGGCAAUAAUGUAAUCGAGGGCUUGAACCAGUUAAGUGACAGUAAAUCCUCCUCUCCGGCUCAUAGCCCUGAAGUAGCCCGCAGGCUAGCAGAGGAGGCUACCAAAGUAUCUUCUAUUUUCACAGAGGCAAGAAGGUCCUCAUUGCACAACGCUUUAGGUGAGCCUGCAAGCGGCUCGAACUCUGGAGAAUUUCACAAUUCAACUUCUAAUGCACAACAGUCUAAGCAAACGCUUAAGAUGAACAUCCCUUUAAAUGACCAACACACGGCAGCAUCUGACAACACAGACUCUCACCAGCCUGAAAACUCGAUCUUGCAGUCACAGUCACUUGAAACAAACUCCCAUAAUAAUAAUGAAUCACACGACGAGGGCUGCAUUCAGAAAACCCAGCAUCAGAGCUCAAUUUUAUCAGCAGCUCAGAGUUCCCCCGGCAUUCCCUCACGUGUUCUCCGCCCUUCUCAUCCUCCCACCGAGCUCAGCUCUCCGAUGAGGGACCCCAGGUUAUUCCAAGCAGAGCUUCGAGCACCAGAUACCCCCACCCUGCAUCGCCGCCAGCUCCCGCGGUACACCAGAGACUCCUGGUCCCCGAGCCCGGACAAGAGGGGAGACCUGAGCUGCUUCGAGAGAGGGGACUGCACAGAGCUCGCUCGCAGGCUCUUUAUUAAUCAAAGUGUCGAGGAGGCACCAGUUAGCUGGACGUCCAGGCAGCAGUGGGGGAGUCAGGGGGAGAACAGCCCAAGGCCGAGCGCUGAGCCAGGAGUUGGAUCCAUCAAUGGCCAAACUGCUGAUCGUCAACCCGGUCUCCGGCGCCGGCCACUCAGUCCCACAGCCCAGCAGAAACGGGCCGAGCAGAGGAGGAGAGAGAUCCUGCUUCUCGGACCAGUGGUGCUAGACUCUCCAGAGGAGGACGAGGGUUGUGAUGAGGAAGGACAGGGCAAUGAGAUGGAGGGAUUUGGGGCGGGGCAGCAACCGCACCUACAGAGGGUAGAAGAGCCUCCAGAGGCGGAGCAGAAUGGAGCGAUGGGAGGGUCGUCCUCGCGGAGCUCCAGUGGGGUGACAGGCAGUUUGGGGGACAGGGACUGUGUGUCCCCAGAGUCCAGUCAGUCCAGUCACCAGAGCAAUGAGACUGGGGCCGCCACCUCAGGAAUACAGACGGACAGUGGCUCUGCAGUUCCCGUGCCCUCGCUCCAUUGUCAGAGGAUCGCUCGUGCCAAGUGGGAGUUUUUAUUCGGGACCCCAGCUGAGGAGGCUGCUAGCAGGGGGGAGAAAAAUUCUCUGGAAACCUCCACAGCUCCUCCCAGUGGUAACUCCAGUGAGUCUCCCACCCCGACUCCCCCUUCCUCCCUGCCUCUGCUCUCUGCCAAUCACGAGGUGCAGCAUGUGGAGGUAGAACUGGUGACCCCUCCCCCAGCCGUGAUCGGGACUUCACCCAAAACCGGCAUCAUUCGCCGCACGCUAAAGUAUUCAGAAACCGACCUGGACGCCAUCCCGCUGCGCUGCUACCGUGAGACAGACAUAGACGAGGUGCUGCUGGCUGAGCAGGACGACGCCGACUCUGCGUUUGGGAGUAACCGCAGCGUGCAGGGCACUUCAGGGACGGGCAGCAGCCCGCUGGGGGGUCUGCCUUAUGGGAGGACAGACGGGGAGGUGGCAGAGAAGAGAAGGGAGGACGAGGAAGAGGAAGAUGAGGAGGAGGAGGAGGAAGAGGAAGAGAUGGUGAGCUGGGCCAGCGUGAGGAUGCAAGGAGACAACAGGAAGCAGCAGUACGCGGCUCAGGAAGAGCCGGAGGUGUUUGGUCACCUGUUGAAGAGACCAAUGGAAACGUUUUUUGACAACCACCACCCAGCCCUGAAAUCCCCCAUCCUGGUCUCCGGUCCUCGUUGUGCUGCAGAAGACACCUUCAGCCGCCACUUUGAGAGCAUUAUGGAGUCUCACCGAGCCAAAGGGACAUCGUACAACAGCCUGGACAGCGAGGAGCUGCUGACCUCCAGCACCCAGACAGUCCUGACCUUUGACCUGCCCACACUAACCCCUGCCAUCCACGCUCCGGUCUGUCAGAGCGCCAGGCAGAUCGUCCAGCUUAGCUUCGCCCCGCUGGCUCACCAUGAGAGGCCCAGUCUGUCUGAUUCUAUCUUUACCGUGACCGGGGACUCUGACGCCACCCGAGCCCCGUCCAGCGAGAGGCUGAGCAGCGGUUCAGACGACACGCCGCCCAGAGGACGAGAGUGUGCACAGCUGGGGAGCAGCUGGUACAGCAACAUCUCUUUCUCAUUGCCAAGCAGGGACAAGGCCCGUCUGGCGACCGAUUCGGAGCUGGACCAGGACCUCAGCGAGAGGCUGGGCCUGGACAGCAGCGAGACCCUCACCAACGGCAGUCACCACGCCGACGUGGCAGCCGCCAAACGCUUGGCCAAACGCCUCUUCAACUUGGACGGCUUCAGGAAGUCGGAUGUGGCGCGCCACCUCAGCAAGAAUAAUGACUUCAGCCGUAUGGUAGCGGAAGAGUAUCUGAGUUUCUUCAACUUCACAGGCCUCGCUCUCGACCAGGCUUUGCGGACCUUCCUCAGGCAGUUUGCCCUGAUGGGGGAGACUCAGGAGAGGGAGAGGGUGCUGUCACACUUUUCAAAGCGUUACUUGGACUGCAACCCAAGAGUCAUACCAUCAGAGGAUGCAGUCCACACUCUCACCUGUGCCCUCAUGCUGCUGAACACCGAUCUUCAUGGCCAGAACAUCGGCAAGAGGAUGUCGUGCACGCAGUUCAUCGGCAACCUGGAAGGACUGAACGACGGCCAAGAUUUUCACAAGGAUCUGCUUAAAGCGCUCUACAACUCAAUCAAGAAUCAGAAGCUGCAAUGGACAAUCGACGAGGAAGAGCUGCGGAAGUCGUUUUCGGAGCUCGGGGACAGCCUGUGUGACUCCAACGCCUCUAAAUCGAUGAAGCGGGUGGGCAGCAGUGGGAAGCCCCUGUCGGAGGAGACGGAGGCCUCCGGGUCGCUGCUGUACAAGAACGGGUUCCUGGUCCGUAAAGUCCACGCCGACUCGGACGGCAAGAGAACACCGAGAGGGAAGAGAGGCUGGAAAACCUUCUAUGUCAUCCUAAAAGGGUUAAUUCUCUACCUGCAAAAAGGGGAAUACCGGCCGGAUAAACAGCUGUCUGAGGAGGACCUGAAGAACGCCGUGUCCAUCCACCACUCUCUGGCCAUGAAAGCUUCAGACUACAGCAAGAGGCCCAACGUGUUUUACCUGCGGACGGCCGACUGGAGGGUGUAUCUCUUCCAGGCACCGAAUGCCGAGCAGAUGCAGUCUUGGAUCACGCGGAUCAACGCGGUGGCCGCCAUGUUCUCAGCUCCUCCCUUCCCGGCAGCCAUCGGCUCGCAGAAGAAGUUCAGCCGGCCGCUGCUGCCGGGGGCGACGUCCAAACUGUCUGAGGAGGAGCAGGUCCGAUCCCACGAAUCUCGUUUCAGAGCCCUCUCCACCGAACUGGCUGAGCUGCGCUCCUACCCUCCUGACCGCAAGGUCAAAGGGCGCGAGCUGGAAGAGUACCGGCAGCGAGACGAGUAUCUGGAUUUCGAGAAAACACGGUAUGCGACCUACGUCAUGCUGCUGCGAGCUAAGAUCCGGAGCGGCGAGGAGGACCUGUCUGUGUUCGAGUCCCAGCUGCUGGAGGACAACAGGCUGCAGAGAGCUCACUCCAGCCCCACGCUGCAGGACAGCAGCCAGGCCAGUCAGGUGAGCCAGGCCAGCAGCACCAGGGACGGCGGCAACAGCAGCAAAGCCAGCGGCUGCAGCAGCAAGCCUCGGCAGGAAGGCCAGAGACACAGCUACCGACAGGCCGUCAAGAAGUGAGACGGGGCGGGGGCGCCGGGAGCGGCAUAGCGUUGCACUGCCAGCGGCAGGCUGUCUCCCUGCAUAGGUUUUUAUUUGAGAUCCAGGAGGGUUUGGAGCUCUGCUUGAAGGGGGAGCAGGAGUGAGGGUCUACCCCACGCCCUCCCCCAAACCAUGACGCCCUACCCGGCACCCCAAUCUUCUCGUCUAACAGAGGAGGGCUGGGAAACACCAGCGAGGAUUGUUGGUGCAGGAGGUGGGAGGAUCGGCUGGGAGGUCACAGAUCUGCAGAGACGAGGUGUCUUUGAGAACGUACGCUGGGUGCAGCAGCAGACUGAACUGUGCAGUGAGAUAAAGAGGGUGCUUAUACGCUGAAGGGCACCAGACAGGGACGUACAUCCAGCAUCCUUUCCUUUUCUCCCCUUUUGUUCUUUCAAGGCACCUCCGGCCACGUUCUCCCACCUUUUUUCUUGACCUUUCACUCAGUUUUGGGACCAAACACACGUUUUAACACAUUUUAAAACAUCACAUUUUAGACGACUGAUGAUUUGAUUUCAGUUGAAAUCACCACUCUGAUUUUAAGCGCUGUAACAGACUUGUGAAACAUCACCAGGUCUUAUGGAGCCAUUACAUUCCAGCUCCUUCUUUUGCCACAUCGCUGCGGCGUGUUCACAUUCCACACGGGAGCCGGACAUUACAGCUUUGGGCUCCUGUACGUGUUUCACUUAAGAUGGUAAUCUACGGACGGCGCUCAAGGGUGUGGCUGCGGUAUACUACAUGAUGAGAUGGUGCAGCUCGGUGCAGCUCGUCUCUCCUCUUUCCUCUAGCCGCCGAUGGCCAAUUAGAGGCAACAGCAUCAGUAGAAGUUCACAGUACUCCUGAUGUGCAUCUCAUCAAGAGAAAGAGUUCUUUUAUUUUUUAUUUCUUUGCUCUACUUGAACAAGCGAUCCCUCUCCCAGUUGCUUUCCGCUUCUGUCCCGUGGUGUGCUUCUGUUCUCUUUCUAUUUCUUGGCCGAAAGUUGUUUUCCUCCAGUGAUCCGCAUGCCUGCAUCCAGCACAGCUUCUUUUAGGCCUUUUACUACUUUUGAGGGCAAAUCUGAGAGCAGUAAAGUUGUUCUCUGGGGUCAUUUUCUUCAUGCCGGUGCCAUAGCCAACAUGUGUAAUCUCUGUCUGUACUUAUAGCCUCUCAUUUAUAAAACCCUAUUUUAACACUCACCAGGCAGACCCUGAAUGUUCUUGUUUUUUCAAUAUUUUUACAGUAUUUUACAGUCGUUUGUUGAUGUUGAACCUAUUCCACCUGUGUAUGUCAAGUGUAUGAUGAAAUAUGAUAUUGAAAAUGUAAAAGGAAAUAUGUUAUCCAUACUCUUUGUAAACAUCCAGGAUAUGUUGUAUAUAACGGCGCCAUCAGCUUAUAUUGUAGGAUAUAUGACAAUAUAUUCAACACACUGUUGUGCAGAUGCAUUAGGUACACUCAAAAGUUUUCUUCUUGUAAGUCCCAAAAGCGCUACGCGAUAAUCAUGUGUUGUUUUUUUGUUUUUCUUACAUGGUGGUAAUAAUUCAGCACAAUAUGAGUAUUAUAGUAAAGCCUAUGUACCUAUCAAAGAUUAGUAAGUGAUCAAAGGGUUGUUUGUGACAGGAAGUCGCCACGCGGUAGUUGAAAAAAUAGUGAAUUCACGUGAGGAUUUAAGCUACCGUGGGAGGUAUUCCAAAGACAGCGCAUGGUUCGCUAUGACCUAAUAGCAUGAUUUUAAAGGGAUCAGGGUUGAUUGUGUUGUCAGAGAUGCAUGAAAAAGGUGAGGAAUGUAAAAAAAAAAAGAAAAAAAUAGGAAGACAAUGUGACUCAUUAAGGAGGAUGUGGUUUGAACACUGAACCACAUGUGGAUUGAUUUUGGUAGCCAUAUACACCUCAUAGCAUUACUGAUGUAUAGCCAUUUUCUACUCAGGCUUUAAAAUGAGACCUUGAGCAGCUGCAGUGCCAGCGUCCAACCAGCAGGGAGAGCUGUCAACUUUCAGUUUUUUCAGCCAUAAAUCACACCUGCUGCACCUGCAGUGAAUAUGCAUGGCAUCGGCCACUCACCUGAGGACGGGGGGGGGACGGGCAUCGCAGGGCUAAACGAGACAACACCUGUUUGUAUUAUCUAGUCUGUUGGAGUGUGCGUUUACUCGUGUGUCUUGCUGUAUGUGAAUUUUAGCGUGUGCAUGCUGUUCAGAGGAGCCUGUUGUUGUUUGCAGCCAGUUUUUUUCACAAUGUCUGACACAUGUUUCAUCCAGCAUCAGUUCCCAUGUUGUUAACAGAUGAUUUAAUAUUCAGGCUUAAGCAUAUCUCAGUGUGUCGGGAGCUGAAACGAUUGGAGAAAGUGAGUCAGCAACUAUAAUCGACAAAAAAUCCCCAGUUGCAGAUGAGCAUUUCCCUCUUUUCUUUGUGUUAUGUCAGUGGUUCCCAACCUGCGGGUCGGGAGCACCACUAGGGGUCGCCAAAGCUUCACAGCAGGUCGCGAGGUCUUCUUAAUUAUAAGGGGUGUAAGAAAACUUUCAAAAAUAUACACAGUAGGUCUGUAUCUCUGCAUUUUAUUCAUUUCUGUGAAGAAAACUAAUAGAAAUUGUUGUUUUUAAAGUUCAGAUUAUUAUUUAAUAUCUUAACUUUGAAGAGCUGAACACAAGUUGUAUUCACAGAGCCUCUGAUAAACAGCCUCGUCCUGCAUUGGAAAAGUUUAAAUAACCAAGGAGCUGAUAGAACAAUGGGAAGAAAACACUGAAUCUGUCAAAAGAUAACCCUAUUAAGUCUGUACGACUGUUAAAAAUACAUAAAUAUCAAAACUCAUCUCUGAUCAAUAUUCACAAGGAAUAAUCUCAUAAUUCAUCCAAAUCGCUUGUUUUAUACAAACUUCCUAAUCACUAUUCACGUCACUAUUUGGGUUCAUUGUACAGUUUAUCAGUUGUUCUGUAUGCACUGAUUAAAAUGUGAAAUAUCCAUAAAAUCCCAAAAAGAGUUGGGAACCACUGACAGUAAAACUGAGUGUAUUUGAGCUUUGAGACUGUUAAACUGUUAAACAUUUUGUUGACCGAACGAUUAAUCAUGAUCAUAAUUAGUUGCAGCCCGACUGCAGUUUACUUCAUCAAUAUCUCAUCUCAUCCUGGGAUUGUCUGCACUUCCAAGGGCGUGUCCGGGGGGGGGGUCUUAUGGGUACCCACGAGGCUCCCCUUUGCAGACACACCCACUUUAUGCUAAUCCAAUGAAAAUGUGGGCAGAAAACAUGCAGUUUUGUGCAUAUAAGAUGUUAUUUUCGCCUAGUGUUUUUGACUAUUUCUGCAUACUGGGGUCCGUAUUAAUUGGGAAAGCAGAGACACAUACUUGAUGUCAACCCCUCAGUGUCUGGAAGUCUGGAAACGCCCCCCGUGCACUUUCAUUUCACUGAUAUCACUUUUCAGUCUGGUGGUUUAAAAUAAGUGGAUAUUGUUUCCCUCCUGUAUCUUUUACCGGUUACGUAACGUGACAUUACAGCUCUGUAUUUAUUAAUCGUGUUUGACUCUGCUGCUGUUUAUAAUGUGGCCAAACUGUCAAAGAGCUGCCAGACUCACGUUGAGUGUCAUUCAUGAAGAACGGUGAUGAGUUUUGAUUCAGAAAGUCCCGAUUUAAGUCAUUCUUGAAUAUUCAGUUGCAUCAGAUCAUCCUCAGAAACCCCAAUAUUGCAUAAAAGCACUUCUCAUUAUUUAGCCUGGAACUUUACAUGUUUUUGUAUUUCACAUGUAAGCAGCAGUUGAGUUACUGUAUGCCUGAAAAUAUCUUCUACCACAAAUAUACACAUUGGAUCACACGAUCUUCCUCAGCACGCAGAGUUUAUCCCCAUUUUUACGAGAAUGUUUUAGUGUUUUCGUCGAUCAAAAGAGGAAAUUCAUCUCCACCAACAGUAUUUUGAUAAUCAAUUGAUCCUUGCAGCCAACAUUUGUUGGUUGCAGCUUCUUAAAUGCAAAGAGGGAGGGGAUCUGACUGGCCAUCCUAAUACCACCCCAUUAUCCUGACCUCUACCACUCCACGCUGUCUUUCGGAGGCUGUAGCGAGCUUUGUUUUAAAGCUGGUAUCAUAUGAAACUAGAUGACCUAACGCAUCGAUCGGUACCUACCAUGUCAUGCUUGCAUGUUGGGAAGGAGCUAAACAACGCUCUAAAUUAACCCAGAUGUUUGUCUUAUAAAUCCUUAUAAAUCGUUAGUCUUAUAAAGUUGCUUCCAAGUUAGAAAAAAAAACCCUGUUUCCACAUUGUAACAGGCUGCUCACAUUAAGGGAAACAUUCAAACCCAAGUUUUUUGCACUACAGUUGCAAAGAAACCUUCAUGGCUGCAAUCAUGUAGACCUACUGGCUUUAUGUCGGCAUGUCUGAUAUGUAAUAAUCCGUUUAUAACAUACCCACAUCAAUAAUUAUAAUAAUAAAGCCACAUGAUCCAUGAUGAUAAAGAUACAAAAAGGUAGAAAUACAUGGCAAAAAUAGCAUAUUUUCAAUAUUUUAGAGACCUGCCAAAAUCAAGGGAGCUCAUGUGUUAUUAACUGUAGUUCGCACCCUGCAGUUACCCUAAAGACAUAUGUGGUAUCUCUGAAAAUGAGUUUUAAAUGGGGUGAAGAGGUUAAAGACGUCUCCUCCGGCUGUUGGAAAUUGCUUUCUGUACUAUUUUUUGAACAUUUCCAACAGAUUAAUCAAGAAAAUAAUCAGCAGAUUAAUUGAUAAUCACAAUAAUAAGAUCGUUAUUGGAUCAUUGAACUAAAACUCAGUGGCGGCUGCACUGAUACGAGCUCCUGUAACAGAUCUGACUGAUGGGUAUUACAGACACAGGCUCUAUACGCUCCACGCAGUAUGUAUGGAUGUAGUAUGAAAAAGGAAAGCAGCUCUUCAGAGCCUUCACCUUGACAAAGUCUCCAAGGUCCCCCCCCCUCCUCCUCUUCCUCCCUCCACGCGUUGUCACCGCUCACUUACAUCAAAGAGCAGCUGCAGGAUCUCCAUGGCACUGGUUAGCAUGGAAAUGGCUGGUUCCCCUGGUGACGGCUCUGUGAUGCUCAAGUGAAAGUCACCCUGUUGCACUGCGUUCACGGCGGCAGGGUAACCUCUGUUAAAGCAGCAGUGCACGCCCAAACUGUCCGUUUCCAUUCGAAGCCUCAUUUCUGAAUGUGACAUGUAAAUAAAGCAUGAGAUAUUACGGCCUGCGUUCAUUUAUAUUACGGUUAAGAGUAUUAAACGAAGGGUUAAUAUAUAAGGUAGGUCAACAUGUUGUUUUUUUUCCCCCUGUCCUUGAGCUCAUGGUCAUUUAUUUUAAUUUUUUAAUUUUAAUUUCUAUGUGAAUGAUGAAGGAGCUUUAUUUAACGCUGUCGUAUGCUGUUGUUGUUGUUCUAGAGAAUCGAGCCAGCUCAUACAAACCUUUUUACAUGUGGAGGUCUGAUCUGAUCCAUCUCAGUGUUUUUUAGACUGGUGCAGGUACAAAGGCAACGUUCAUCUAAUGCUACACACACAGUGAGCGACAUGUGUCACUGCCUAAACUCACCGAGGAAAUGUUGUUUGUGAGCUUCUCAUUUUUUGGGAGGCAUAGAAGAUGAAAAUAAAAGUGUUUUGGAAGCUUA